UUUCUUUUUCCCUUUCUUUUCAACUUGAUUUUGUUUUGAUUCAAUUUGAAUUUUGUUCAACUUUACCCACCGGGUAAAAGUGUAAUACCUUUUCUGUGGUGGAUCAGUUGUUACUCUUUGGGUUCAUGUUAAUCUCUUGAUUUGUUUGCUUCCCUAUUAUGAUAAUCUUAAUAUGAUUUCUCCAUGUUGACUUAAAGGUAAAGGUUUUUUUCUUUACUGUACAAUCGGUAAAACGAUGAAUCCUAUUAUUAUUGAAGAACCGUUUCAACUGAAUUCUAAAUUGUUUCAUUUUCUUUUAAUUAAACCUGGUCCAUUGUCUUGUUCUUUUCUUCUUUGGAUUGGUGAACCUUGUAAUCCAAAAUUGGGUGAUCUUAGUUUAUCGGUGGCUAAAAAUUCAACCUCAAUUAUUGGUGAUGAUCUACAUUUAUUGUCCAGUAAAUUAUCACUCAAAUUGAGUAAUAAAUUCAGUCAAUCUAAACCCGUUUAUGUUUCACUCAAUAUACCGUCAACAAUUCAAACCGGUGAUUUCUUGAAUCAACUUGAUCAACAGAUUGUGUCAUUUUUGGAAAAACAUCUUACCAACUGAUUGAUACUCUCAAUUUAACAAUCAAUCGGAAUUACGAUUCACAGAGACAAUUUAAUUAUCUUCACAAAAUUUUCUUUCCAUCUUUCCAAUUGUAUUUAAUUUCUCCGAUCAAAUGGCUAGAAGACCAAAUGCUCAUUCCUUUGAACCUGGUGAGGGUGAAAAUGACCAACUCAUCUAUGGCCUUAAAAGCAAAGUCACAACACUUAAAUCGCUUUCAUUGGAUAUGGGGGAUGAGAUAAAAUAUCAAAAUGCUUUUCUUAAUGAAUUGGAUAAAGAUGCUGAUUCUACAUUCGGAAGUUUAUCGGCAAAUAUUAAUCGUAUUAAAAGACUUUCCCGAUCUGGUGGUUGUAAAUUUUACUUCUUGUUAAUAGGAUUCACUCUAUUUGUUUUCUUGUUCAUUUACAUGAUGAUUUAUAAGUAAAUCGGAUAAAAAGGAUGGAAAAUCAUUACUACAAAUAACACUUUCUAAUUCACA